UGAAGUUGGUUCGCAACCCGCCAUCAAACCAAAAGAAGAAGAGGCAGCAGAAGCCCCGCCCACUCGCUUCCGCCCGCUGCGGCUCCCGUCACUGAUCUCCGUCCGCCAUCUUCAUCAGCGCGGCACUGUGUUCGUCUCGGAGGCUUUGAGCUGCAGAACACGCCGUCCUAUAAUCCGGUACACCGUACGAGCAAACUACACGUCUUCCAGAAUGCAGGCCGAAGAGCAAGGCGACUUCAGCACCGACGAGUUCCCAGAGGGCUCCAAAAUAAACGCCAGUAAAAACCUGCAGGACGACGGGAAAAUGUUCAUCGGUGGACUCAGUUGGGACACCAGCAAGACAGACCUCACUGACUACCUGUCCAAGUUCGGAGAGGUCCUUGACUGCACCAUCAAAACAGACCCCAUGACGGGCCGCUCCAGGGGCUUCGGCUUCGUGCUCUUCAGAGACGCUGAGAGCGUCGAUAGGGUGCUAGAGCUGAAGGAGCACAAGCUGGAUGGGAAGCUGAUCGAUCCCAAGAGAGCCAAAGCCAUGAAGGGCAAGGAGCCGCCCAAGAAGGUGUUCGUCGGCGGUCUGAGUCCAGACACGUCCGAGGAGCAGAUCCGGGAGUACUUCGGAGCUUAUGGGGAGAUUGAAAGCAUCGAGCUGCCCAUGGACACCAAAACAAACGAGAGGCGGGGAUUCUGCUUCGUGACGUACGUUUCAGAGGAUCCCGUUCAUCAGCUGCUGGAGAACAGAUACCAUCAGCUUGGUUCAGGGAAGGUGUGUGGAUAUCAUCAUUAUAUUAUAUUUGACAGACAUGCGUACCUAGAUCUGCAUUAA